GUCCAGCGGCGUAGGCGAAGGGGUCCGGCUAGAGUAGAGGGCGAGGAACCAGGGAAUGCCGGAAGGAGACGAAGGAGAGAGAGAGAUUGAGAGAGAGAGGCCUUCGGAAAGGAGAGCCUGAGAGGGAGAGAAGGAGAGGCGGGGGAAGAAAGGGCGAGGAUUACUGGGAGGCGGGACUGGGAGCACUGGGCGGAGAGUCCAGACCGGAGCAGCUGCUUGGGAUUUUAUUUUGUUCCUGACAGGAUUGUGGUGUUUCCUUCCGUCUGCGAGGGAGACCACAAAGUCCGGAGCGAGAGACUUCCUUCGAGGGACAACCUCCUGAGGAGAAAAGCGUCCCCUCGCCUUUGUCGUCGGGGCCCCAUGCUGUUGGGCGGGAGGCGUUGCUCCAAGUAAGAAGGAGAGAGGAGAAGGAGAGAGGAGCGAAGACGGCUGGGAGGAGGAGGAUUUGCCCAGAGCCUCCUCCGAUUCCUCCUCUGGCUCCGGCUCCUGCUCCUUCCCCGCCACCGCCGCCGCCGCCAUGGGGCUGCAGCCCUUGGAGUUCAGCGACUGCUACCUGGACAGCCCCUGGUUCCGCGAGAGCGUCCGCGCCCACGAGGCCGAGCUGGAGAAGACCAACAAGUUCAUCAAGGAGCUGCUCAAGGACGGGAAGAACCUCAUCGCCGCCACCAAGAGUCUUUCAGCUGCCCAAAGAAAGUUUGCUCGUUCAUUGAGAGACUUUAAAUUUGAAUUUAUUGGUGAUGCAGAAACAGAUGAUGAAAGAUGUAUAGAUGCAGCCCUCCAUGAAUUUGCUAAUUUUCUGAAAAAUUUAGAAGAACAAAGAGAAAUAAUGGCCCUUAGUGUUACAGAAACUCUGAUCAAGCCCCUGGAAAGGUUCAGAAAAGAGCAACUUGGAGCUGUAAAGGAUGAAAAGAAGAAGUUUGAUAAAGAAACCGAAAAAAACUAUAGUUUAUUAGACAAGCAUUUAAAUAUGUCAGCUAAGAAGAAAGAAGCUCAGCUGGUGGAGGCUGACACACUAGUGGAGCAAACCCGAAAACAUUUCUAUGAGUUGUCACUUGAAUAUGUGUGUAAGCUACAAGAGAUACAAGAACGGAAGAAAUUUGAGUUUGUAGAACCUGUCCUGUCUUUUUUUCAGAGUAUGUUCACUUUCUACCAUCAGGGCUAUGAGCUUGCCAAAGAUUUUAACCAUUACAAAAUGGCUCUGCAAAUCAAUAUCCAGAAUACAAGAAAUCGUUUUGAGGGAGCAAGGUCAGAAGUAGAAGAGCUCAUGAAUAAAAUCAAGCAAAGUCCUCAAGAACAUAAAAGAGCCAAUCAGUUUACAAUGGAAGGUUACCUUUAUGUACAAGAGAAAAGACCUGCACCAUUUGGCUCUAGCUGGGUGAAACACUACUGCAUGUACAAGAAAGAGACAAAGAAGUUUACUAUGAUACCAUUUGAGCACAGGUCGGGAGGAAAACUUGGUGAACUGGAAGUCUACCUCCUUAAGCAUUGUAUUAAAAGGAAUACUGAUACUAUAGAUAGGCGGUUCUGUUUUGAUAUGGAAGCAGUAGACAAACCUGGUAUAUGUAUGACAUUGCAAGCAUUCUCCGAAGAGGACAGAAAUCACUGGUUUGAAGCAUUAGAUGGAAAGGAUUCUGUUUUCCUCAACUUGAACAGGGCUAAUACAAAAAGGCAAGGAAGUGCGCAGCUAGAUAAGAUUGGGUUCACAGUUAUCAGAAAAUGCAUCAGCGCUAUUGAAACAAGAGGUAUAGAUGACCAAGGACUGUACAGAGUUGUGGGGGUGAGUUCAAAGGUCCAGAGGCUACUGAAUUUGUUAAUGGAUGCAAAAACAUGUAAUGAACUUGAUCUGGAAAAUUCUAAAGAGUGGGAAGUAAAGACAAUUACAAGUGCAAUGAAACAAUACUUGAGAAGCCUUCCAGAGCCCUUGAUGACAUACGAUUUACACAGAGAUUUCAUCAGUCCUGCUAAAAGUGGGAGUCCAGAGUCCCGUGUUAAUGCUAUCCAUUUUUUGGUCUAUAAACUUCCAGAGAAGAACAAAGAAAUGUUGGAUAUUUUGGUGAAACACUUAGCAAAUGUUUCAGACCAUGCAAAGAAGAAUCUCAUGACUGUAGCAAAUUUAGGAGUUGUAUUUGGACCAACGUUAAUGAGGCCGCAGGAAGAAACUGUGGCUGCCCUCAUGGACCUGAAAUUUCAGAAUAUUGUGGUUGAAAUCCUAAUUGAAAACCAUGAUAAGAUUUUUCAAACUCUGCCUGAUGCCACUUUCCCUGAGCCGAUCUCUGUAUCAGUGUCUCCUCCAAAUGCUCCGCCACGACAAUCAAGAAGACAAGGGCAACGUAAUAAGAGGCCUGUUGCUGUAUAUAAUCUCUGUCUUGAGCUGGAUGACAAUGACAGCCUUAAUCCUCCCAAAGAAUGCACACCCACUGGUAGCACCGAUUCUCUUUCUUCUCAGUCUCCAACCACUGCUACCCCCAACAGCCCUCCAGAUGAACAGAAAAACCAUCUUAUGAGUGACAGUGGUGAUACAGGGGACUGGGCAGCCCAUCCUUCCAUUGAGAUUCAUUCAUCGAUGGUUUCCUGGACAAAUAUUCAGUCAAGCACAGCACCUACCUCAGUUGCACCACCAUCAUUAUCAUCAUUCUCUUUUCCCUCCCCUGGCAGAGAGACUGACAAACCAGCUGGAAGUAUUGUCAGCAGAAAAGCAAGAGCUGUAUACCCAUGUGAGGCAGAGCAUAGCUCUGAAUUAUCUUUUCAAACUGGGGCAGUUUUUGAGGAUGUGCAUUAUUCACGAGAACCUGGCUGGCUUGAAGGAACUCUUAAUGGGAAGAGAGGCCUCAUUCCUGAAAACUAUGUCCAGUUCCUUUAGUACUCUGCUCUGAGUGCCUGGAAGGUGUACAUGGUAUCCAUGGAUUUCUUUUUCUUUUUUUGAUACAGUUGCUCCUCUUGACUUCAAUUAUUUUUAAUGAUUGAGGAACUUGACAGGAAUUGAAGAUCUUCAUCUGUGUAAGGAUUACACCCUUUACCAAAUAGGAAUGUUGCAGUUGUGAUUUCCGUAAUUUUAUAUUGGAGAAGAAAGUGAUUUACUUUUAUAAAAUGCUAUUUUAUGUUUGUAAAGAGUAAUAAUUAUAUAUAUCUGUGUAUGUCUGUAAAUUUACCAGACUCUUAAAUCAAAUCUUUGAUUUCUGAACCACUUACCAGUUAAACAAAAAUUGCAAAAA